AUGUUUCUUCUGAGAUUCAAGCUACGCAAACUAAGGCGUCGUUGUCGAGUAAUCCCGCGGCACUAUCCAACCUUUUUGGCCUUAUUCAUUAUCUACGUGUAUUCUGUAAGCAACUGGAUGCCUGAAUUUACCACAAGUAACGUUCCGCUUUUUGAUGCGGUCAUGUCCACACGAACGAUCAACUUGUCUUUGACGGAGUGUCCUAUGCCCUGUCCUUCAGAGAUGUUUAGACUUCCCGGAUGGAAAGAGUGUAUUCCUUGGUUGAACUGUUCUGAAAUAGCAGUUCAAGUUCAUCGCAGGAGGCGAUUUACUCAUGGAGUAACUAAACGCGUUUGGCUCGCGGAAUGGAAUGGAUACGACGUUGUUUUAAUUAAAUGCUCAUCCCGGAAAAGUAAAAGAGAAAACUGUUUAAAAGGAUUGACUAAUUUGAAGCUCCUUCAGGGCGAAUUUGCAACUCGAGUCAUUGGCAAUUGUCCAGAGAAGUUCCAGGUACCUAAUGCUCCCCGAGUAUUUAAUUUGUAAUAAUAAUUUAUACCGAGUAAAACUAAUAAUUAUAAAUCACAAUCAUCAUCGUUCGAAACGCGUACGAUUGAUAACACUUUUGGCCCCGCUGUCGAAACUCUCAUUCUCUUAGUUUUCCCCCUAGACCAACCUGUUUCCAGCUAAGGUGUUAAUUUCGCGCGCGUUAUUUUAACAUUUGAUCAUUCAAGUUGUUUUAAAGGUUGUAGUCUGAAUUUUUACUUCUUUUUGUCUACAACACAAUAUUGUCUAGAUAAGUAAGAUUAUCGUCUUGGUUGUAAAUUCUGUCGGAAGCGUCUUGCUACGUAGAAUAGGCUGAUUUAGCGACAGAACGGGAACGUCAGUUGACGACCAAUGGCAGAGCGGCAAAUUGAGCACCGGAAGUCGUGUUUAGUCCUUUCCGCGUGCUUUCCCUUCGUCAACUGACGUUCCUGUCCUGUUGCUAAAUCAGCCUAAUAUAGUUAAGUAAAGGUCUUCUUGCCUCACCUCUCGAAUCCGCUAGGUGUUAUUGUUCAGCAUUGAACAACAAGUUUGCGGCCGGGUAAAGAUCUGGCACCAAGUAAAAAAUCGUCUCUUGAGUGGAGUUUAGACAUAUACAAUGUAUAUUGCAAAGCAUUGUUCCUUAACGAAAGACUACGGUUUUAGAACAAUAAUUGAGGUACAAGUUUAUUGAAUCAAAUUUAUUUAGAUGUAGUUAGCCGGAAUUCUAUUCAGUUGGAAACCUAUUUUUUUAGGUAAAGAAUUCGGUCAUCUUCAUUGGUUUAGUUUCUUUCUUUGCUUCUUUUUUUUUUUUUCAUUUUUGCAGAUGGUCACGAUGUACUACAAGCAUGGCACGUUGAGGUUCCUAGACAAGCUCUUGCGUCGUCCCGGGCUAUUUCAUUACAACAAUAUACAAACAAGAUUUCAGCUGUGUGUGGAUUAUGUCAGGGUUUUGGCGUACCUACACAACAGUCCAAUCGGAGUUCGUGUAAUGUGUGAUACACCAUUCCUCGACAAAUUACUCGAUCAAUAUUUGAUAACAGACGACUUUCACCUGGUUGUCAAUGACGUAGAUGGAUUAGAAGAAGUAACUAAAGAAGGAGCAUGCCACAAAAGACCUGCUAAUGAUUCACUUCAGUCACGAAUGGAAAUGGAGAAUCAAGGAUUGCCAACUGCGAUAGAACCACUUAAUUUUCAAUUGAGACCAGCAUACGAUGAAAAAAUUGACAUCUGGAAAAUUCCUUGGGUCGUGGAAAAGUUGCUUGGUAGCGUAAAAUGGAGCAGUUUUGCAAAAAGUGAGCUUCAAGAAAUCAUGAAAAAGUGCAAUGCAGUUGAUCCUCGGCGAAGGCCUUCGGCGAGUGAGGUACUACGGGAGAUGUUGAGAGUCCAGGAAUUACUGUCAUUUUCGAAGUAUUCGUCACUGGAUGUUGAGGAUCAACUUAAUAUGAGUCAAAACUGA